AUGUUUCCGAAAAGCAGCGGACCACCUCCGACGCCGCCAACAUCCACGGCUGUUUACAUCAGACAGCGAGUCGAACAAGAGGUCACACAACGAUUGGCGGCGACGCCACUUCCCCCUCCACCGCCGCCCCCAGAGCCGGCACUAGUCACCCUUAGUGAUGGCAAUGUGUCAAUCCAGAUACACGAAGCACAUAUGGCCGAGCGAUGCCUGCAGCUUAUGACGGAACGGGUUGCGCAGGCUGUAUUGAGGGAUGGGUCAGGAACCCCGAGGAGAUCUCAUGUCAUUUCCACUCCUCCAGCUCUUCCAGUUUUACAGGCCAGUUCACCUCCAGGUCCAGGAACCUGGGAGCUUCCUUGGUCGUGCCUGCAGGUACCGAACAUGGACACGUUUUGGUACAGGUUGCACUCGGAUUGCCCAGCUCCUUGUGGUGACUCCUUAGAUCUUGCGCAUCGGUUUAUGCCAGAAGCUUUCACGCUUCCUUCAAUUUCGGGAUUGGAGGUAUAUGAUUUCCCAUGGAAAGAUCCGAAGCAAGAGCAUUGGUAUAUGCUCGAAAGGAUCGUCAUGCAGAUUCGUCCAAAGCUCAUGCGUGACAGUUACAGACUACGAACAGCAGCUGAUGCUUGGGGCAAUUUUUGCCGCAUGCUGAUUUUGAUUUUCCGCCAGCUGAUUCUGCAGUGA